UUACUGUUGCAAAGUAGCGGUACUAUUACUGCAGCUCCCGCGCCCGCGUGUGUGUGUGUGCGAGAGUGCGCGGCGUGCGUGUGUGUGUGUGAGUGAUUGUACGGUGGGGCAGCCUUAAAUCACGUGCAUACAAAAACCGAAUGAAAAAAGCACGGCAUUUAUUUACAUUUGGAUGCCACCAUAAAAAAUAGAGCGCCGACGCCUGGGUUCGCUGUAAAUCGACGUUAGUGAAUGCCUAACAAUUCCUUGCGUGUGCACAUGUUUUUGGUCCCAAUCAAUACUUGGCAGAUGGUCAUUUAGAUUUAAUUGUUGCAAGAAAUAGGCCUCGAGCGCCGACAAUAACAAAAGAAACACCGGCGAAGCGACGAUGACGGCCAAGAGCGAUAUGGAUAUUCUGGCCAACUCCAUGUACGAGGACGACCCCAAUGGCAACCUAGCGCCCGCCACCACCAAGGAUCAGGAAUCAGUCGAGCCGGAGGAGCUGAAGGUCACGCCCGCUGGCACCAAAGCAACUUCCCCCAACUCGGCGACCUUAGUUUCGACUUCUCCGCGCUGGGGUCCCCAGAAUAAGGGCGCCCAGGAACUAGCCUUGUUGUACAGUCCAGGAAAACGAGCCCAGGAAAUCAUUUGCGUCUACACCUGCAUUGGCCUUAUGAUCAUUAACCUAGCCCUGAUUGUUAGACACUUGCGAUUGGAGCGGAUUAGUGUCGCCUUUCUGUCCGCCCUGUGCGGCAUUAUAACGGCCGACUUUGCUUCCGGCUUGGUUCACUGGGCGGCAGACACCUGGGGAUCGGUGGACAUACCCAUGAUUGGAAAGAACUUCCUGCGACCCUUUCGCGAGCAUCAUCUGGAUCCCACAUCCAUAACGCGACACGAUUUCAUUGAGACAAAUGGCGACAACUUUAUGGUUGGCAUACCAAUUCUCGGCUACUUGGCCCACUAUUUCUACAUCAGGACGCCCAGCGAGAUACAGCAGCACUUCGGCUGGAUAGCCUAUGUGUUCCUCUGCUCCAUAUUCGUGGCCAUGACCAAUCAGAUACACAAGUGGUCGCAUACCUAUUGGGGAUUGCCGAGGUGGGUCCUGUUACUCCAGAGCUGUCACAUCAUCCUGCCACGCAAGCAUCAUCGCAUCCAUCACGUGGCGCCCCAUGAGACCUACUUUUGCAUCACCACCGGAUGGCUGAACUGGCCACUGGAACGCAUCAGAUUCUGGUCAACAUUCGAGCUCAUCAUCGAGCAUUUUACGGGCCUCAAGCCCCGCGAUGACGACCUGAAGUGGGCCAAGAAACUCACAUAGUUUCGCUGCCCAGCGACUGUAUAUAGGUAACUUGGACCAAAGCAGCCUUCAAUUGCUGAAUGUCACCUUCAAAUGUUUUCAUACAAUCGCAAUGUCUUGCAGAAUAAGGUAGCUUUAAAUGAGACAAGAUUGCAUACAUACUUAUAAGGUUAAUGGCAUAGUUCUCAGUUGCAUGUUUGUUAAAAAUAGUUUAUUAUCUUAGUUUAAGUUCGUGUUUUUUAAAUACCAUAUUACUAUUGUACACCUGCACACACUCGCACAACUGAGCGCAUAAACUAAUUGAUCUCGCCACAGAUUGAUCGUACUACGAGUGAGCCUUAAGUAUACCUAAAUAAUAAAUUGAACAUUUUACUAACUAUUGAGCACACGCUUGCCUGAAAAAUUUUUAAAGAUUUACACAAAAUAAUAUUACUCGAUAAUAACAUAUGUAAGCUAGGCGAGCAACUGAUUUUCCGAAACAAAAACACAUUUUAGUACCGUCUACAAACGCUGGUUAUCAAUGGCUAUAAAGUGAAUAAAUUUAUUUACAACAUAUACAUUCAAAAGAUAAUUAAAUUAGGCGCUGUAUGCAAUCAAAUAAGUGACUUAACCUUUGCCUUAAAACGUUUUUAUAGCAUAAACUCUUCUGAAGAAGCGAAUUCUGUUAUAGUUGGCACACUUUUAGUGGCGAGUGUUAGUCAUUGUAAGAGACCACUUUACUUUCAAAAUGUUUUUCAUUUCAUUAACAAGAAUUGAGAGUAAUCGGCGAAUCGAAGAGGCUAUUUGCUUAUAUCAUUUGAGGUGUUGUUGCACAACGCUGUAAUUCUAAGAAGGCAAUAUUCUUUGUGAUCUGAGAAAAUAAAUCGAUAAGCUUAAAA